AUGCAGGAGGAGGACUCUGCAGACGCUCUGUUCCUCUCGCCAAAUGCGAAGGGUUACAUGGACAGCCUGCGUAAGGAGGGUCUCAUAGUCAAACGAGAUACAAACAUAAAGCACCUCAACAACUCUCCCUUGUACUACACCAUCCGCCUCAUCCUAAUUAUCUACCUAGUCACCUUCAUUUUAGCAACCAUUUAUAACGCAUCCGAUUUGCUUUUUUGUUACCUCCAGGCGCCAGUUCACAGCAUUCGCAUAAGAAAUACUUCCCUGCCUACGGAGAAUAAAGGCUUCCUGUUUAACGCAUCAAGCUAUCACCCAGGAGAAACUAUAGCAUAUUAUUUGCAAGGAUACCUGAAGGACGUCAACAUCGUUGUUCUCGAGCCGUAUGGUUUGAAUACCAACUACGAACCCAACAGUAUUGAGGAAAAACAAAAUUAUCUAAUUAACAUCGAUCCAAAUGUUACCCCACGCUUGAUUCAAGGAGCGUUUCCAAUGGCUAUCGUGAUGAACGGCACCAAUAGUGCAGAUCCUGCACACAGCAUAUGCAUGGACUCCCUGUGGUUUACCACGUUUCCAAAGGCAUCUGUCAGGCCCACAGAUGGCGGUAUUGCGGCUAGUGUCGAUAUCCUCAACCCUAACAGAAAGCGUAUAUGGGUUAACUCCAUGUGGUAUAGCUUCUCAUAUUGGAGUAGCGUGGAGAGCAUAUACAGCGACACCAGGUUUACGGACGACCAGAAGAAAGCACAUGGUAUACCAAAUCUUUCAGACGUCCCCAAGACUAAUUAUUACUGUACAACACAAAUAUCCAGCAUUCUUCCCAGUCAGUACAACAAGUCUAAUGUUCCCAUCUGGUUUAUGAACCUUAGCGAAGCUUCUACUGCUAGACUAAAGGGAAUUAUCUGCUCUAGUAACUAUGGAUUAGUCCUCAAUUUAUCAACGUGGUUCUGCAUUUCGCCUCUUCUAAUUUAUGACUUACGCCUGAAAAAAGUUAUGCUAUCUAAUGUAACCUUUAACGGUAACUUAGUUUUAGAUUUUAGAACAGACGAAAAAGAUUCAUCUAUUACUCCCGAGACAUUUUCCUGCUUACAUCCUGAGGAAUUCUAUAUACCAUAUAACUUAAUAUUGAAUAACUCUUCUCUUAGAAUCAUGACGGUAACAAAAGACAUUAAAGAGCUCGUCAUAGACUCCUUUGGCCAAUCCAGUUUUACAUUCACUAUUCCAAAGCGUGUGCUUACGUGUACACCAGGUAACAUUUCACUUGGGGCACCCAUUGCUGCCAACGAAGAGCCGUGCAGGCUAGAAUUCAGUGGAAUCUCUGGCGAGUCCUACUUUACUGGAGACUUUCACAGAUACUACUCGGCUAGAUACAUAGCACCCUUGAACAAGCUCACUGAGCUCACGGUUGUUGUUAAUCUCCAUGUCUUGGACGAUUUGACUCUUUCAUUUCCAUUUUGUUCGUCAAAGGUUACCCCAAAGUUUCCUUUGAACGUAAUGGACUCUAGAAAUAAUGCAAUUUUUUCACUUGAUUAUGUUGAGGAUGCAGAGAUUGUAUUUAAGGGUGCUUCUUCUAACACAGUAGGCCAACACUUUGUUGCUACAGUCACCUGCGACGGGGCGGGGCGGGGGUUCACGCUCGCGCUCCGGGCGCAGCCAGCCAGGCAGUAA